UAUUGAACCAAAUCCAAAUCGUGUUACAACUGGUGCUGAAAUACAGGAUCAACUUUUUCCCACCUUCUUUCUUUUCUUUUUCUCUUUUCCUUUCUUUUAAAUUGCAGUGUUCUCUGGCAACUCAGAUUAAAAAAAGCACACCACCGAGGUUUCUGCCUCAAUCCUCUAAUCUCCUCUCUCCCCUCUCAUAACACACGAGAGAGAGAGAUUGUGUUGUGUUGUGUCAUGUUAAAUGCAAAGUCUUCUUCUCUUCCUCUCGAGUUUCCCCCUUUCAGAAACCCAAGGCACAUGAAAUGAAAAUGCAACCAUAAUAACCUCCAUUUUUCUCCCUACAACCCACAAAACAAAAACCACCAUUAACCCAUUUCUCCAAAAACUUGAGAUCUUUUGUGUCAAACAACCACAAGUCCCGCGUCGAACAAAUAAAAGCAAACAAAAGGGUUUACAAAGAUAGAGCGAUUGAGUCCAAUUAAAAAAAAAAUGAGAGACAUAGUUUCUUGUUUCAGUGAGAACGCAGUGAACGUUUCUCACUCUUCAAUCUCGUGUUCUUCCUAUUCACACAACGCGUGCAUCUCUCCCUCCUCCAUUGUUGUACCCUCCACCCAAAACUCAAUCUCCAGCGUCUACAAACUAGUCCUCUCCACGCUGAAGCAAGUUCUCCUCACGGUCACAUGGUGUAGGAGCCACUCCAACCAAGGACUCACCAUAACCUUCAACGACGAGGACCCUCCACUUUUCAGACUCAACACCAAUUCACGCUUCUUCAGAAAGAAAAAAGGCUCCAAAAUCCUCGAAUCUUCUGACUCAUCAUCAUCCAAGGUAGAAAUCUUAUGGGAUCUCUCAAGCGCCAAGUACGAAUCAGGACCCGAACCUGUUCAGGGCUUUCACGUUGUGAUCAUCAUUGACUCAGAAAUAGGCUUGGUUCUCGGUGACACUGCUGCUGAAGAAAUAGUUUCCAAGAGGCAAAAUUUCAAAAGCAAAAACAACAACAACACCCCUUUGGCUAAAGUUUCACUCUUGUCACGAAGAGAGCAUUGUUCUGGGAACACGCUUUAUACAACUAAGGCUCAGUUCUGUGACACAGGUACGUGGCACGAUGUUAUGAUCAGAUGCAGUGUGGAGAAUGAGAAUGAAGGGUUGUUCAAGUCACCGGUUUUGUGCGUGUGCAUUGAUAAGAAGACUGUGAUUCGUGUGAAGAGGCUGCAGUGGAAUUUUAGGGGGAACCAGACCAUUUUCGUUGAUGGGUUGCUUGUGGAUUUGCUUUGGGAUGUUCAUGAUUGGUUCUUCAACCCUUCUUCUUCUGGUUAUGCGGUGUUCAUGUUCAGGACUAGGAGUGGCAUGGAUAGCAGGUUGUGGUUUGAGGAAAAGAAUGCACACAAAGAUAAAGACAGGGUUGAAUUCUCCUUGUUGAUCUAUGCCUGUAAGACUUCAUAAGGGAACUGAACUCUUGUUCUUCUAAUUGGUUUUCUUUCUUAACCUUUUUUGUCUCUUUAGUUUCUUA